UGUACAUCCAAUUGUCAAUCAGGCAAGAAAGAGACUCACUUGUCCAACUUGAUCCAUCAACAGAUUCAACACAUUUAAAGUCCAAUUUUUUUGGAUGAUAAGGUUAACUUCAUUGUGUGUGCACUUUCUAUAUGUGUGGUUGAGUUGGGUCACUUAUACACUUUUUUUUUUCUUAUAAACUUCUACUAAUCUUUACUAGUUCAUCUUCCCAUCUAUCUUGAUCAAAAUCUCUAUAAAUUUCUCUUUGUUUUCUCCGCCAUUGACAGUAUAUCUAAGCUCCCAACCCACUUUACAUUUUCCUCCAUUUUUUCCUCUCUUAUUCACCAUUCUCGUAUUCCUUCCCUACAAUCAUGUCUUCUUCUCUUGUUGCACCAAAAAUCAUGCAACCCCUUAAUUUUAGAUCUAAUGAAAAACCCAUGUUUGAUUCUAUCAAAUGUUUUACCCCAAGAACAUCUUUUCUUGGAUCUGCUGAAAAAUUUCGCCUCUGUUCUCGAUUACACUUUCUAGGUUCUCGCCAUUUUCGAUCCGUUUCUACUAAUGUGGUUGCUGUUUCGGAGGCUGUAAAGGAAAGGAAGUCUAAAAAUGCAUCUUCUCCUUCAAAUUUGUUGAUCACAAAGGAGGAAGGUCUUGUGCUUUAUGAGGACAUGGUUUUGGGUAGAGUGUUUGAGGACAUGUGUGCCCAGAUGUACUAUAGAGGGAAAAUGUUUGGAUUUGUACAUUUAUACAAUGGGCAAGAGGCUGUCUCAACUGGGUUUAUUAAGUUAUUAAAACAGUCUGAUUCUGUAGUUAGUACGUACCGUGAUCAUGUUCAUGCCCUUAGCAAGGGUGUCCCUGCCCGGGAAGUGAUGAGCGAGCUUUUUGGCAAAGCCACCGGUUGUUGUCGAGGGCAAGGAGGGUCUAUGCAUAUGUUCUCUAAAGAGCAUAAUCUUUUAGGUGGUUUUGCCUUCAUUGGGGAAGGAAUUCCGGUUGCCACCGGGGCUGCUUUUACUAGCCGUUAUAAGAGGGAGGUGCUUAAGGAGAAUUGCGAUGAUGUGACGGUGGCGUUCUUUGGAGACGGGACUUGUAACAAUGGCCAGUUCUUUGAGUGUUUGAACAUGGCUGCAUUGUGGAAAUUGCCCAUUAUUUUUGUUGUGGAGAAUAAUUUGUGGGCAAUCGGGAUGUCCCAUUUAAGGGCAACCUCAGAUCCCGCGAUUUGGAAGAAGGGGCCCGCUUUUGGGAUGCCGGGAGUUCAUGUGGAUGGCAUGGAUGUUCUAAAGGUGAGGGAAGUGGCAAAGGAGGCUGUGGACAGGGCUAGGAGAGGGGAAGGCCCUACCUUGGUGGAAUGUGAAACUUACAGGUUCCGGGGACACUCGUUGGCGGAUCCGGAUGAGCUUCGUGACCCCACUGAGAAGGCUCGCUAUAGUUCUCGAGAUCCAAUUGCAGCUUUGAAGAAGUACUUAUUCGAGAACAACUUGGCCACCGAAGCUGACUUGAAGGCCAUCGAGAAGAAGAUAGAAGAAAUGAUCGACGAUGCUGUUGAUUUCGCUGAUGAAAGCCCAGCUCCACUCCGAAGCCAACUUCUCGAAAAUGUUUUUGCAGAUCCAAAAGGUUUCGGAAUCGCACCUGAUGGUACAUACAGAUGUGAAGAUCCCAAAUUCACAGAAGGCACUGCCCAAGUCUAACUAUUUUUAUUUAUAUAUUUUUAGGAUAUUUAUUUUUAUUUUCUUUUCUUUUUCAAAUAUUUGUUUUAACCCGCUUUUCGGGCCCUUUUCGUUGCACCUUGUUACUUUACCUAUGUAGGGCUUACGUUCUGUUUCGCUGUUGCGUAGUGACUAGUGUGUAUCGGUUGCUUUAUAAAUGUACUUGUUAUCGGCUUAUUGCUCAAUAUACAAGAUGUAGUAUUCUCUUCGUUU